AUGCCACCCUCCCUCCGCCCCUGCUCACGCCCGUCGCGUUGCCCUCCCUCCGCCCCUGCUCACGCCCGUCGUGCUGCCCUCCCUCCGCCCCUGCUCGCGCCACCUGCCGCCCUCCCUCCGCCCCAGGUCACGCCGCCUGCCUACCGCCCUCCCUCUGCCCCAGCUCGUGCCGCUCGUCGCCCUUCCUCUGGCCUAGCUUGCGCUGCCCGCCUGCCGCUCUCCCUCCGCCCUAGGUCACACCGCCCGCCCGCCCGCCGCCCUCCACCCCUGCUCGUCCUCGUCGGCCCUAUGCAAGAUCUGCUUGCCCGGCCUUUGCUCAUCCUCGUCGACCCCUGCUCGUCCUCCCUCCGCCCCUACUCGUCCUCGUCGGCCCCUGCUCACCCGGUCCCUGAUCUCUUCCAGCCACUCUCAUCCUUAGAGAAGCUGGGUUGCCAAACGAACCUCAGCUUUCAGAAGCCAGCAUUCCAGGACGAGAAGCCCAAGUUAGCUUUCUGA